GACUGUUGUUGUGUGCGCGCUGCAGAGGCUGUGGGGACUCCGCGUGGUUUACCGAAAAUAAAAUGGUUUGAGGUUCACGUAAAACUGAUUGCAAUCGCGUGCCAACAAAAAGCGGUUCUCUUAUCCAAUGCCUACCUCUGCUAGGAAAGCUGCAAUACCAGCUUGGCAAGAUGCGGCCAGUGCAGUGUCUUUAACCAGCAAAGCUAGCGAUCCAGAGGCGGCUUUAUGCCAUACGUGCAAUGAUACGAGUUCUUUGUUUUUUAAAAAAAGCUUUUAUUUAGUUUUUGAUGAUGUGAAGUUUGCUUAGAGAAAAAAUAAUAAUAAUUUAGAAAAGGUGAAGUGUGCAGAUAUCUCUCUUUAUGAAAAACGAGUCUGCCGUAUCUUUAACGCAGGGGGCAGCGCUUUUUUGAUUUCGUUGUCUGUGAUCCAAAAGGGGCGGCUUGUUUUUUUAUAUACUGUAUCUUUAAACUGAACUGUUACAUUGUUUUGGGAUGAGCAUCGAGAUCAUUUUGAUUUGCACAAAUGUGCGGAAAACGGUGAUCAAUUGAUACAAUCGACACUGGCCUUUUUUUUCUUAAUUGGAUAAUUUAAUUACAAAAAACUGCUAUGGGCGCCAUUCGUUGAAUCAGGUCGGCAGCAUACAAACGAGACCUCAGUAAAUGCACUUUAUGGACAGAAGUUUGAGUCAUUGUUGGCCUCAAUCCUCGGAUGAUAAAAGGUGGUACAGGUGUGAGAAGAGAAGGUGGAAAUGGAACUGCCAAAUCAUGCCAAACAAUUGCUGCUGCAGCUAAAUCAGCAACGAGCUAAAGGGUUUCUCUGUGAUGUCAUCAUUGUGGUGGAGAAUGCUCUCUUCCGAGCCCACAAGAACAUCUUGGCAGCCAGCAGCAUCUACUUCAAAUCCCUUGUGCUUCACGACAACCUAAUCAACCUUGACACAGACAUGGUCAACCCCUCUGUGUUCCGGCAGAUUCUGGACUUCAUUUACACUGGCAAGCUGUUAUCGGCAGACCAGGCUAGUGAAAACAACUUCAAUGCCCUCCUCACUGCAGCUAGCUACCUCCAACUCCACGACCUGUCCGCUCUGUGCAGGAGAAAGUUGAAGCGCAAUGGGAAACCCUUACCCACCAAGGCUACAACCCCAAAUACAGGGAGGCCCCUCCGGAACCAGAGGCUCUCCUCCACACCAGUCAUUCAGAACCGCUAUUCAGGGUCAAAAGAAAGUGGGAAGAAACAGCAGCUUGUCGAAGAUCUCCUGAAGGACAAAUUAUCCGAUGAUGAUCUCUACGUUGGUGGCUCAAACCGGGAAGGCUCCCUAAACCUCGGAGCUGGGAAAAAUGGAAGCAAUGGUAACCUCUCCAGUGAUCAGGAGCUUGGUCUUGACCUGUCCAAAAAGAGCCCUUCAGCCUCCACUACUCAAGAUGAGGUGAGUCCCAAUGAAAACCACCAGGAAUCCCCCCAAUCUGCCACAGCAUCAACCGCCAACAGUGCCUCUUUUGAAGACUCCACCACAAACCCUCGAAGCCUCGAAGGUGGGGAGCCAAUGGAACUGGGAGUGGGCGAGGAGAACCAGUCACUGCCGGACACAGGGCAGCGCAAGAACUCGCGCCACGUAGCCCGCAAGAAGGAGUGGCCCAAGAAAGAGAAUGCGCUGGACAGCGGGAAAGGCGACGAGGAAGCAACCGUGCCCAACGGUGUCAUCGUGGGCCCCAGCGGCGUUUACAACUCAGAGCACUCCUUCAAGUGCAAAGUGGAGGACGUGGAGAACGGGAAGGAGAACAGCGAGGAGAGCGGGCACAGCGAGAGCGAGAGCGGGCAGACCAGCGCCAACUACGUGUACCGGCAAGAGGGCUUUGAGCCCGUCGCGUACGGGGACAACCUGUACGUGUGCAUCCCGUGCGGGAAGGGGUUCCCCAGCUCGGAGCAGCUGAAUGCUCACGUCGAGACGCACACAGAGGAAGAACUGUACAUCAAGGAGGAGGGCGCCUACAUUAAGGAGGAAGCCGAAGACCUGUCCACCCAGAGCUCGACAUUCGGCAGCGAGUCGAGACCGUUCAAGUGUUCGGUGUGCGAGAAGAGCUACAAGGAUCCAGCCACUCUGAGGCAGCACGAGAAGACCCACUGGCUCACCCGGCCUUUUCCCUGCAACAUCUGCGGGAAAAUGUUUACCCAGCGGGGCACCAUGACGCGUCACAUGCGGAGCCACCUGGGCCUGAAACCUUUUGCUUGCGAAGAAUGCGGGAUGCGCUUCACCAGGCAGUACCGCCUGACCGAGCACAUGCGAGUCCACUCAGGUGAAAAACCAUAUGAAUGUCAGCUUUGUGGUGGGAAAUUCACCCAGCAGCGCAACCUGAUCAGCCACCUGCGAAUGCACACCUCCCCGACAUAAGCCAAAGACUUUGACGAAACAAAGUAACAAACCAACAAACACAAAGCUGAAUUUCUAGAGAAUGUGCUUCUCUGACAUCUGCAGUGGGGAUACGAAGAAGCCUCUGAAGGGUUCUUUCGAAGGUCACCCCGCUUUGAUAAAUAAGCACGUUCUUGUUCAAUGCUUGCCGUGAGAGCUGCUGUUUUCUGAAAUUGUGUCGAGGCCACUUUGGAAGGAGGUCGUGGAUUGAAUGUUGGGGGUUUAAACCUGUGGUCCUGCUUCACACAAUAACUUGGGUUUUGUGGUCCUUCUGAUACUAUCCUUGGUCUGAUUCUUAGAAAUGGGUCCUAAUUCAAGAUAAAAUCAGAUGGUUCACAAUUGCUAAUAACAAAACCAAAUUGUUCUAAAAUGGGCUACAUUGUUUCAAAGCGUAAGAAUGAAAUCAAGUCCUAAUCUUUGUCCUGGGUUUGAUUUACUACAAAAGGCAUAGCAGGUGGAGGUAGGGGGGAAGAUGGAGGCUUGGUUGUGAUUUCAGAAAACAGAAAUGUCUUUCACCUUGCCUGUGGUUAAUACAGGGGGUUGUCCUUGAACAGAGUUUCUGUUUGCGAGCUGGGGGUCUUUUCUUUCUUGUAGUUCAUAGGGGUAUUUCCUUCUAAACCUAGAGGUACUUGUUUUAUUAAGAACUUGUUGUAAUGUUUAUGUGAAUGUUUGUUUAAACUGGAUAGUCUUGGGAUAUGUCUAAGGGGGGAGGGGGGCCUUUUUUUUGGUGUAGACUGGACUUGCUUCAAGUUUUGUAGGUACGUUUUUGUUUUACAGUUUUUUUUGGUGUUUUAAGCUUUCCUCCCCUCACACACAAAAAAAAGUAAAAAAAAACUAAACUAAACAAGCCUGUUGGAAUGGACUUGUUACCUUGCUACCUCUUAAUUCUUAAGAACAAUACAUUGAUCAGUGGAAGACCAGGGGUUCCUAAUGGAAUUACAUGUAUAAAUACAUUGAUCAGUGGAAGACCAGGGGUUCCUAAUGGAAUUACAUGUAUAAAGUAUGUAGAAUACAGUUGAUUUUAAGGUAAUGCUUUAACCUGCCCAUCUUUCAUCACAGGUUUUCCCUUGUUCGUUUGUUUUUGUGUUUUUUGUGGGUUUUUUAUUUUGUAAACCAAUAGCUUUUGAGGUUCCCGGUUUCCGGGGAUCCUAAUUUUCAAACAGUACUGUAAUUACCUUGCCUAAAACAAAUAGAAGAGCUUAGGGUAUAGGUUAGGUAGAAAGGGAGUAUAGUCCAAAGAGCCAACGCAUGCCAAGAAGCAUGUAUUCCUAGAACUUGCUACAGAAGCUCACAACCAAAGUUAGAAUGUGACUAAAUGUUCAACAGCAGAAUGUUUUAUUUUAAGUUAUCCGCUAAAGAAGAAAAGUCAGGCUUUAUCCAGUUAAAUAGUGAGAGAGAGGUAGACCGAGAGAGACACUGUUUGGGGUUGGAUAACCACUGUCAAUGAGACCAAUGGAAAUGCAAGUGUAACUUUUGCUGAUUGGUGGGCUGGUAAAACCGUAAACUUUCAGUUGGUUAAAGUUCACAAAGUAUCCCUCAAUACCAUUGUCCUUUUGUUACAGUUACUGUCUUUUAUAUAUACGUUCUGUAUCUGUAACAGGUUCAUGCUUUUCAGUUCAGACCAAAAAUUGUAGCUACUAAAGCCUGAAGGUAUCGUGUCCCAUAGGUUCGUGUUUUGUUUUUGUUCCAUGUUUCUGAAAGUUGUCCUGUUGUUAUUAUCCAGGGCCGAUCCCUUAUUGAAGGGAGGGGACAUCUCCUCUUCAUUUGUUUUUCACCUGCAGCCAGUCUUGUUGUUUUACCUCCUCCUCCUGCAGAGUGUAGCAGGAGUGCACGUCUCGGGUCUUUCACAGGGAGGGAUGGAGGGAGCUUGUGUUGCUACAGCUUAAACCAGCUUCUGGGGAAUGUCAAAAUGUGGGGCGCGACCGGACAUUCUUGAGUGAUUUUUGUCCUUUUCCAUGCAAACAGACAUCAAUGCAUGUAUAUUUUGAGCCUAAUAACAAGACUGUGGGACGCUGUGGUUUUAAAGACACCUGUCUGUUUUAGGCUCACCUUGACUAGAAUUUUGUAAAAACAACAGACCCUCUUAGACAAAAGUCUUAAUGUUACUGAAAUGAGAGUGAAUGUUACUAACAAGAAAAUGAAACAAAAACAAAACACCCCUUGCCAAAAUGAACAAGUCCCUUAAAACGCCCGUUGGGGUGGAGGAAAAGGCAUUGUCCAUUUUUUGUCUUAUUCCUGUAUUAUGUUGUGCAGGGACCUUGGUGCAAAUCUUGGUAUAGGCAUUCUGGUUUUUCUUUCUUUUUCAAAGUUGUUGUUUUUUUUUUUUUUUUUUUACCUGUGUAUCCAUUUUAUUUUUUACUUUGCGAGGGGGGAAUGCAGCUAAGAUGGGAAUCUGAACUAGUGAUAGGAGCUUAAUGCAGCUGAGUCGUGGAUUCCUGGUAACCACCCCAAAUUUGAUAUCGAUAUAUAUAUAUAUAUAUAUAUAUAUAUAUAUAUAUAUAUAUAUAAUAUAGUUUCAUAUCCUAUAUGGCCUGUCUCUAGUUAAUUCUAUAGGGUUGUUCAUGUCCCAGCACCUUGCAGUUUUGCUGCCCAGACAUGAGCAAUACUGUUGUGAACCUCGUAUUGCACUCCACCUAAUUCAUUUGAUAACCAGCCCUAUUGUAUUGACAGUUUUUUUUGUGUGUGUGUGUGUUGCGGUCAUUUCAGGAAUCCACGACCCAGUGCUGUUGAACAAUCUUGUAGUUCUCAGCACUUCAGCAGAACAUCGUAACGUCUGUGUUCAGUGGGGGGGAUUGUACAGCAGGACCUCUCGUUCUGAGUCGACUAGCUGGAACGCGUGCAGCAGAAUGAACCUAAAAAUAAUAAAAAGAAAUAAUACAAAAAGUCAAUUCCAAACUGUGACAGUAAUAAUACAAGCUUCAGGGAUUGUUCGGUAACUUUUAUAGUGCCGAACUCUCAACUACAUUUGUAAGACAUAGUAUUGUAUUAAACAUUUUCUGUAUUUUAAUGAUGCAAACACUAGUUUCAUAUUUAAGAUUUUAAGAGGGGGGGGGGGGGGUGGUUGGUACUUUUUUUGGUUUAUUUGUUUGUUCAGUGAACACAAAGAACCUCGACAAGAGGUGGGGCAGCUUGACAAGAAGAAAAAUUAUACUUUCAGUCACUUAGUUCCAGAAUGUUUUCAGAAAAUAGUAACAAAGUUGUAAAAAAAAAAAAAAAAAAAAAAGCUCAUACCCAAAUUCACACACUAUUUUUUAAACCAAAGCACAUUUGAAUGAUUAUGGAACCUCCUUGUGGCUCAAAAAAAAAAAAAAAAAGAAAGAUACUUCUGUAUUUAUCUCAUUGUUUACAUAAACUUCCAGUUUCAGACCUCAGCAGUUGUGGGGCCAGUCGGAGUUCUCUGUUGCCUUUAUGCAGGUCGCUGCCAAAGCAAAGGCUUCCCAGCUGACAUGCAGCCGUGACCCUGAGAGAGAGAAAGAGCCCAGUCCUGGUUUAAAUAAUGGGGGCAGGGUCCUUUCCCAAGGCCCCCUUUCCAGCUGGCUCUGGCAUCUGUGUGGCAACCUGCUCUAUUGUAACUCCAGAUCCCUGCCUAGCUCCAGCGGGCCAGUGAACUGGAGAAGCGAGGGCAAGGCUGGUUCCACAUUAGUCCUUCAGAAUGGGUCUCCACUCAGCGUCUCUGUCAGAAGAACGUUGCUUUUCUGUCUGUGAAUGCGAAGCGUCCUUCUGAGGAAUGCAUUUAGUCAGGUUUUAAAGUUUACAAUUGCAGCCAUCGAUUUAAAGAUGGGUUUAUUGUUUACUACUGGUGUUUUUACACUUGGAAUUUUUUUUAAGAAAAAAAAAACAAAAACAUAUUGGUUCUAGAUCUAUUUUUUUUUUUUUUCUGACAACCCUGUUCCCCCACAGCCUGGCCUUGCUUCUGUAUCAGCCUGACCUGUGCAGUGUGAGGGGGUUGUGUGUGUGUGUGUGUGUGUGUGUGUGUGUGUGUGUGUGUGUAUUUAUUUAUUUUUUGCUAAACUAACUCCUGAACUCCGACUGGCCUUUUUAACCAAUAUGGUGCAAACACUAAUGACAGUGUUCUCUUUUUUUUUUUUUUUUAAUCAAAUGUCUGUUGUUGUCAGUAAUGAAUGUAUUUAUUUCUCUGAUCCUGUAUUCACUCGGCUUGUGAAAUAGUGUACGCAGGGUCCUUUUUUAAUUUUAUUAUUAUAAUUGUUUUGUUUUUUUUACAGGAUUUCAAGCUUAAAAAUAUAUAAAUAUACAUAUAUAUAUCUCAGAGAUUCAAGCAUAGCCAUAAACCAUAACCUGUGAAGUUAAUACAAGGAAUUAACUUUUUUUUUUUUUUCUCAAAGAAGAUAAAUGGCAUUCUUUGUACCAUUGAAAUCUAUUGUUAUCUCUGCUGGUAUGUAGGCACUUCCUAAGUGUGGGUACCUGCUGUACUGUUAUCUUGAGUGCUGUGCCACUGAAAGAGUACCCAGUAACCGGACAGACUGGACAUUGCACCAGCCCCAGUCUGGUCCCGUCUCCUCCACUGGUACUCCCAAGCACUCCUCUGAAACGCAGUACAGACUCCACGCUUAGUUUGUGGUAUUUCUCUUUUUGUGAACGGAAAACGGGGUGUUGCUAGGAUACGGCUGUCCAAGGCUAGAGGUGCUUUUAGACUAUUCGCUUUACAUGCUUUGUCCCAGAAAUGGACCGAAAAAAGCAGUCAGUCACUUAAUAUUGGAAGAAAGUCUCUCGCUCCCUUUUUAAAAACCAAAGCUCUUUGAAAUAAAAGCGAGUGACCCUUUGUUAGUGUUUGGGGUUACAAUGAGUAGCUGUAUGCUUGCUGCUUGCAGUUUUGGCUCCUGUACUAUUGGAUGCAGCUACAAAGACGUCUCAACUGUACAGAUGUGGAUUUGAAUAGCUUUACCAAUGCACUUUUAUGUUUUAAAAGUUUCUCAGAGUCCCUGUGUCUAUUUUUUUUUUUUUUGCUUUAGUAAAAAAUACAGUUUGUUUUAUUACCUCAUUUUAGUGUGUUUUGGUAUUUUUUUUCUUAAUUCAAAUGUAACAAAGCUUUAAAUCAAUUCAGAUAUAUCAGGGACUUGGAACGAUUUUGAUUUCCAUUUUCACUUUCUCAAGAAAGCUAAUCCACAUUUCUACUGGGUCUUUAUCGCUUAUUAUCAUUUUUUAAAACUGGUUUUGAAGAGACCUUUUGUAUUCGUGCUUUGCCUGGCACACUGCCCUCUGAACUGUAGUAAAAGCUUCUCCUGUCUCCCUGAAUGUAAUGCGAGGGGAAAUUGACUAUCGUGGUUUGAAAAUAAUACCAGAUGUAGGCUUCUGUGCCCAUUUGUCUUUUCUAUUCGCUACAUAUGUUUCUUAAAUGUAACCACCUUCCAAAGACGGCAUCUUGUUGAUGCCUUAUAUUCACAAACAUGUCCCUUACUGUAUUCCUGAACACCUUAACCAAACCUGGGGGUUCAAACAGACUGCAGUGUCGAUCCAGGAACAGAACGUGGUCUGCCUCUUGUAAUGGACCAAUCCCCCAGAUGUUCAAUUUCUUAUACUUGAAUUCCACUAACUGAAAGAGCAGGCACCACCCCCGCUGGUUUUAUUAAAACCAGUAACUUUUUGAAAUGCGCCGUUCUCUUUUAAAGAGCAAGUUGUUAAUAAUGAAUGGAGAAGCUACAGCUCAAAGCCACUGAAACAGGCAAGCAUAUUCUUUGACCAUAAAUUAUUGAGAGAGAGAGAGUCCAGCCUUGAACAUUCCUGGCUACUGGCAACACCCCAGCUGAAUUUAUUAUUUUCCGACUCCUCAGAGAGCUUCAAUUCAGGUCAGGGCAGCACAUUUGUUGUGCAGCUCAAAACUCAAUGUGUCAUAAAAAUAUAUAUAUAUACACAGUAUAAGAAGUGUGUUGAUCUCAGCAUUCAAAAACUUUCAGUCUUAAUGUACAGCAAUGAAAACUGUUAUUUUAUGAUCUUUUCAUUAAAAGCUUGAUUGAAAAAUUCAA